AGGAACCCCCCGCUCAGUUCCUUGUCCCCCACUCUCUUCACCCCACAGAUGCUCCGGGCCCUAGCCCCUGCCCCAGCUAUGGCUCCUGGGGCUCCCUCAUCUAGUCCCAGCCCUAUCCUGGCUGUGCUGCUCUUCUCUUCUUUGGUGCUGUGCCCUGCCCAGGCCAUUGUGGUUUACACAGACAGGGAAGUCUAUGGUGCUGUGGGCUCCCGAGUGACCCUGCACUGCUCCUUCUGGUCCAGUGAGUGGGUCUCAGAUGACAUCUCUUUCACUUGGCGCUACCAGCCCGAAGGGGGCCGAGAUGCCAUUUCGAUCUUCCAUUAUGCCAAAGGACAACCCUAUAUCGAUGAAGUGGGGACCUUCAAAGAGCGUAUCCAGUGGGUAGGGGACCCUCGAUGGAAGGAUGGCUCCAUUGUCAUACACAACCUUGACUACAGUGACAACGGCACUUUCACUUGUGAUGUCAAAAACCCACCAGACAUAGUGGGCAAGACCUCUCAGGUCACACUCUAUGUCUUUGAAAAAGUGCCAACUAGGUACGGGGUCGUGCUAGGAGCUGUGAUUGGGGGCGUCCUUGGGGUGGUGCUGUUGCUACUGCUGCUUUUCUACCUGGUUCGGUACUGUUGGCUACGCAGACAAGCGGCCCUGCAGAGGAGGCUCAGUGCCAUGGAGAAGGGGAAAUUGCACAAGCCUUCCAAGGACUCGUCGAAGCGCGGGCGGCAGACGCCAGUGCUGUAUGCCAUGCUGGACCACAGCCGAAGCACCAAAGCUGCCAGUGAAAAGAAGUCUAAGGGGCUGGGGGAGUCUCGCAAGGAUAAGAAAUAGCGGUUAGCGGGCCGGGCGGGGGAUCGGGGGUCAGGGGCAGAGUCCGCUAAAGGUUCUCAGGUGGUGGUCAUCGAGAUGGAGCUACGAAAGGAUGAGCAGAGCUCGGAGCUCCGACCUGCUGUCAAGUCCCCCAGCAGAACCAGCCUCAAGAACGCCCUCAAGAAUAUGAUGGGCCUGGACUCGGACAAGUGAUCACCGCCCCCAGACCCUGCCAGAGCAGGGGGACCUAGGCUCCUCUUAUCCCCCGUCUAGGUGCUUUCCUCCCUUGCUCCCCAGCCCUGCCCUGCCCUGCCCUCACCUCCCUUUGAGAUGUAAGUUUCAUUCUAAAAUUCAUUCCCAAACACUUGUAUUGCCCCCCCUCACCCCCUGACUUUCUGGGAUCCCAGGGACUAAUCAUACCCCUCACCUGCCCCAAGGGCUGUGUGUUUGGUGUCUGUCCCUCAGGCACUGAGAAGAAAGGGAACUUGAUAGCCCCUGCCUCAAUUCCAGACCACCUGUUCUUCCAUCCCUUGCACCCUAGCCUGACCCCUCUGGCUCUUUCCUUUCCCGCCCCUCCCUCCCCUCCAACAAGUGACCCAGCUCCAUUAUCUGUCCUGUUAACACUCAGAUCACCCCGAUCAGACUCUCCUUCAGGGUUUAUUUAGGUUGUUGAUUAUUUUUUAUUUUUUAAUCCUUUGUUUGCUUGUUUGUUUACCUGUGCCCAUGCUCUGCCCUUACCCCCAUGACUGAGGACCGAUGACGUCAUGUGGCUUUUUCAGGCCCCCAACCCCAUUAAACAGAGGGGCCCCUGAUCCUCAGACCUCAGCUUGAUACUUCCUGAUCACUUUGGAGCACUGUUCUAGGACUCAAGAACUUGGAGAAGGAUGAGGGGAGAGAGAAAGGAUCCUCAAAGGUCAGGGGUGGAGGAGGGGGGCAAAUGAGCCUUAAGAAAUGGCUUUAAACAAUCAAAUAGAAAGCAGGAAAAAAACAAAUGGGAAGUAGGGGGAAAAGGAAGAGGCUGCUCUCCCAGCUAUAGGGAAUUCUUAGGAAUUUUCUACAUUCUGUAUAUUGCUUUUCAAAACUCCAAAUGUCCUUAAAUGUUUAAUAAACACUGACAUUUCCAGAA